AGCGCACGCACACACGCGCCACCCUCUCUCGCUCUCUGGCAUCAUCGUUUAUACUUCGCUCUCGCUGCGCUCCUCACUCUCGGCACGCGUGCCGGGCGGCGUGCGUGCCGGGCGUCGGGUCCGCUCUUUCCUUGACCCCUGUGUUGACAGUGGCCGGAAAGUAGCACAGACGAGAGAGGCAGGCACGGAGGGCAUACAGGCAGCUGGUGCUUGCUUAGUGCCAACUGAUGGUGGCAACAGCAGCAAGCAGCAUCAGAUGGCGUGGGCUUGAAAAAUAAAUAGGCAUUUGUUUUAACGGGCGUGGCUUCUUUAAAACCUCAAAACCUGAAAGUAUCAUUAUCAUUCGAGGCAAAUAUCAUUCAACGACCACCAACCCACCACCAUCAUCAUCGUCAAUACGUUAAUUGACCACAGUCAUUAUUGCCGUCUGCAUCAAUAAAAUCGUUAUAACAAAUGUUAGAUGCAUCCGAGCGUACGUUCAGCGUUGAGACUGCCAGUUGCGGUCGCACGCUGUUGCGAGGUUGGUGUCCAACCACGCCGCACGGAGCCUAAGCUACGCAGGGAACAGAAACGCAGAUAAAUAGAAAGGGGACAUUGAGGAGGAGAGCUCAGAGGGAAGAGGAAUGUGGCUGCUCUGAGCGCCGCUGUAGUGAUGGCUCACCUUCGGACUCGAUGCUGUGGCGGUGUUGCGGGCAGGUGUCUGCAUUGCUCCGUGCGGCUGCUGCUGCUGGUACUGGUGGUGUGCUCACUGUGUGUCAGCCACAUCGCCCAAGCUGCAGAGGGUGCUGCAGGAGGGACUGGUCCGGCAUCGGAUGCCUCUCGGCCCUCGGCUCUGGCGGAGCCCCUGCCCCACUUCCUCCAGGAGUUGGAGGACGCCUACAUCGUGCGCAACAAGCCGGUCACCAUGAGCUGUGCCGCCUCGCCCGCCACCCAGAUCUACUUCAAGUGCAACGCUGAGUGGGUGUCCCAGCAGGCACAUCACGUUCAACAGCGCACGGAUCAAGGGACAGGACGAUCGGUGCGGGAGGUUCAGACGGACGUGUCCCGGCAGCAGGUGGAGGUGUACUACGGGCCGGAGCCUUAUUGGUGUCAGUGCGUCGCCUGGAGCGCUGCCGGCACUAGCAAGAGCCGCAAGGCUUACGUCCGCAUAGCAUAUCUGCACAAGAACUUUGAGAUGGAGCCGCAGGGGAAGGAAGAGCCCCAAGGGCAAAAGAUUCAACUGCAUUGUCGUCCUCCUGAUGCGGUCCCUCCUGCCGAGGUUGAAUGGCUUAAGAAUGAGAUGCUCAUCGACCCGGAGGAGGACUCGAACUUCCACAUCACGGCGGACCACAAUCUGAUCAUUAAGCAGGCGCGGCUGUCAGACAGCGCCAACUACACGUGCGUGGCCAAGAACCUCGUGGCCAAGCGCCGGAGCUCCACCGCUACUGUCACCGUGUACGUGGAAGGGGGGUGGUCCCUGUGGAAUGAGUGGGCGCCCUGUAACAGCAAGUGUGGCCGCGGCAUCCAGAAGAGAAUCCGAACCUGCACCAACCCGGCCCCUCUCAACGGAGGGCCCUUCUGUGAUGGGCAGUCAUCAGAGAACACGCCCUGCACAUCAGCGUGUCCUGUGGAUGGCGGCUGGGUGGAGUGGAGCAAGUGGUCGACCUGUGGUCCCGACUGCACCCACUGGAGGAGCCGGGAGUGCUCCAAUCCGGCCCCCGUCAACGGAGGCAAGGAUUGCCACGGCUCUCCACUGCAGUCCCAGAACUGCUCCGACGCUCUCUGCAUACAGACGUCAGAGACUGGAGAUGAGCUGGCCCUGUAUGGUGGUGUGGCUGUCGCCCUGGUCGUAUCAGUGGGCAUUGUUCUGGCUGCCUCAGUCGCGCUUUAUCGUCGACGGCGACAAAACUACGAGGCCGAUAUCAUCAACUCCAACUCGGAUUUGUACGGGGGCUUUGCGCCUGCUGGUCAAAAGGCCGUGCGACACGAUAACACAAUGCAGAGGAUGGCUAUGCAUUCUGAUCUGACAGCUAGAAGCAGCUCAUUCAAUGGGCCAGUUUACCCACAAUGUGACAUGACGCAGAAGAUAUCCAUGACGCAUUUCCAGCUGCUGGAGCCGCUGCCUGGUUUAAAGAUCAAGGUCUGCAGCUCUCCCACUGUGUCAUCUGCUGACGUGUCCAGAGAAAACGGGGCCAGGUUGUCAUCGAGAAGUUUGGCCCUCGACGGAGACUCGGCGAGCCUGAUCGGAUUUUAUGGGAGCAUGUUGUCACCAAGGAAGUCAGACAUGGAUGUAAACUUAGACAGUGCGACAGGAGACUACAGAUCUGUGCUGUCGUACAAGAGGUUGGGUAUUGAAGCAGGUGCAGCUAACCAAACGACGAGACUGUCCACAGAGAAUAACAUCAAACUAGAAUUGGAAACGGACACAUCUGACUCCUGUGUGUCGGAGAGAAGGAGGUCUCAGAAUUGUGCUCCUCUGUCCCAAGACAAGGGAACGAGUGUCUAUGCCACGUUUGGAUGUCUGGGAGGGCGGCUUCUUAUUCCGAGCUCAGGAGUGGGCUUACUGGUGCCACCAGGGGCAAUACCCCAUGGUCAUUUCUACCAGAUGUACCUCACGGUCCACAGGGGAGAAGACAGCGGGCCAGUGCUGGAGGGUAGCCAGACCCUGCUGAGCCCCGUGGUGUCAUGCGGGCCCCCCAGCAUCCCCCUCCUCUCCCCCGUCAUCCUCUCCCUCCGCCACUGCGCCGAGCUCAGCCCGGAGGACUGGGCCCUCAGCCUCAAGCGACAGCUCAGCUCUGGGCACUGGGAGGAGGUGCUGAGGCUGGGCGAGGAGCCUGCACGGCCGCCGUGCUGCCACUGGCAGCUGGAGGAGCGGGUGUGCCACGUGCUCACAGAGACACCGGGCACGUACGCCGUGCUGGGGGAGGCGCUCGGCCCGGCGGCCGUCAAGCGGCUGAGGCUGGCGGCGUUCGCGCCCAGCGUGUGCCCCUCCCUGGAGUACAGCCUGCGCCUCUACUGCCUCAACGACGACACCGAGUCCCUCACGGAAGUGGUAGAGCUGGAGAAGCGACUGGGAGGCCACAUGGUUGGAGAGCCAUCAACACUGCACUUCAAAGCCAACUCGGGCCACCUUCAGCUUUCAAUGCAUGCCGUCCCAGACACUCUUUGGACGAACAAUGCACACAGCAAGUUGCAGGAGAUCCCCUUCUGGCACGUGUGGCCGGGCUGCCAGCGGCUGCUGCACUGCACCUUCACCCUGGAGAGGGCCGGCCCGAGCAGCACCGAGUUCUCCUGCAAGCUCUGUGUGCAGCAGCUGGAGGGCGAGGGCCAGGUGCUGCAGCUGCGCACCACCCUGCUCAACGAACCCUUAGAUGGAGACCGAUCAUCUCCCGAGAUCAUCUCUGCCGGCUCGGCCCUCGUGGGUCCCCAGGCUUUCAAGCUGCCCUACUCCAUCCGCCAGAAGCUGUGCAGCAGCCUGGACUCCCCCAACCCCCGUGGCAACGACUGGAGGCUCCUGGCGCACAGGCUGGGGGUCCAGAGGUGCCUGGAGUAUUUCGAGACGAGAGGGAGCCCCACGGGUGUGGUGCUGGACCUGUGGGAGGCCCAGCACGAGGAGGAUGGGGAUCUGGACUCGCUGGCCAGCGUGCUGGAGGAGAUGGGCCGCCGGGAGGCCCCACACCCUGCCCUGGCCCACGCCUGAGCGCAAAAUCUGUUUCGUCCCAUCCAUUGGAGUUAGGAAGUCCAUCGUCAGCAGCAGUAUUCGUUCCUCAAAAGAUUUGAGAAUCUGCUCAUGUGGUCCCAUUGCAUUGGUGCUCGACAGUGCCCUGCUCAAAUCCUUUUAAAGGCAAAUAAGAUGGUGUUGCUCUUAAGCUGUUAACAUAAUUCACAAAAAACAUCAGAAAAUCCUGGUGCUUUUUGUGUUCGUGUUUUUGCAUUUGAAUUCCACUAAAUAUUAUUAGAAUAUGUUUUGCAUUUCAUACCCAUAUGAAAAAAUUCGUUUUGAUCAUGAAAUCCAAUAUUUUUUAGACAUUGGCAUUUUAAAGACCUGAAAUGUGGGUCUUUAUUUAAUUGGGGCAUUUUGUUGAUCUUUUAAAUUGUCUGCACCAGUGCCUGGAACUAUCAAAUACUCUAAGUUGUCUUGCUACAUCUUUUGGGUUUCAGCAGGGGAUGCCCUCAUUUUGAAAUCACGAAUCCUGUUUUUUCGUUCAGGUACCAGAGAUGUAAGACACAAAGUCCCAUUUUUUUUUUACUCAGGGCAGUUAGGGUUUCCUGAGAGCCUUGUUUUUUUAUCACUUGUGUGAAGAGCACUAACAAUGGCCAAAAUCAAUCAGGGGAGAGUGGAAAAGGAGUAGGAGACUCGGAGUUGGUGAAGUGAGGAUAUCCAUUUAAUGGGAGGGGGCAUGAAGGCAAUGCCAAUAGGAACAUUUGAAAGAGAGAUUAUGAAAGUGGGGCAAGAGGUUUUUUUUACAGGGUAGGAGACAUUGCCAAAUUUGACGUGUAAAAUUUACUUAGAGCUAAGUCGAUCCUCUCUCCGUUUGGUUUAGAGCUUUGAAAUCGAAUACAUCUACAUCUUGAAUGUGAGAAUGGCAAAUUGGGUUGAAUAAACGUAUCCCUUGUUGCCGCUCUCACGUUCAUAGGCCUCCUCUUGGUGUCUUGCCUUUAGUAACUUAGAGGUGACUGCCUUUCAAGUGAACAGUGUCUUUACUGCAUUGAGAGUGAUGCUAAGGUGUCAUGGGGACAAGUCCCUGUGACUUUUGCAAGGAAAACAUUGUGUGUCCAUCCAGCCUGCAACAAGGGGACGCCUUGGUUUAGUGUAACCUCAGAACAAAAUAAAACUCUCUUUUCUAUUGCAGCUCUUGGGCAAUUCCUAUGGAGCAUUUACAUUUUGUGCAAGGGUAACACAGAGGACCCAAGCCUCCUCUUGCCGUUCACACCAAUGUAUUCUCAAAAUCGAACUGCAGUUUCUGUGCACAUGCUGCAGGUUACUCAUAGCCAACUUAAACAAAGGACAUGUGUUUUUGGUCCACUGAAUGCACCAUUGAAACAACCAUGUGUAUGUCUGGACUGGUGAGAUAAAGAGUAUAGCUUUGUAAACUAUAAAAUGUUAAAUUAUUGCUGUUUUUAUUCAACAAUUGUAACGCUGUGUAUCAGAAGACCACUAAAUCAAGCUGCGGUACGGUGCAGUAAUAUAUGUCCUGUGUGUGGUGUCACCUAUUGUAUAUGGCAGUGUCGAAGCUCAUGUUAAUUAUUUGCCUGUGGGAACUUGAUGUUGCUAUGAAUUACCUUCUGCAGACUAAUAAUUAAACUAUCGUUUGUGCAUUCACAUAUGGUUCCAUGACAUAAGUAUGACUUAAUCUUGUAGGGGGAAAACUGCCAAUGUUUUAUUCAGAAAAAAAUUAAGCCUGUGGUUUUAAUUACUGUCAAGUUUCAAAUAAGUGUUUGCAUUGAAUUGAUGCACGGUUAAGAAGUCGUCUUAAUUGAAAAAUAUGGUAAUGUAUUCUGCUUGCACACCUUCUGUGCUGGCCUUCACGCUUGCUGGCUACAUGGACUUGCUAUCGCUUUCUCUGCUCGCUCUCUUUGGUGGAGAUAAAACAUGUGCUUUCCUACCUGUUUUUUCGCCUAUUUUUCUUGGCAAAAUCAAUGGCUUGGCUUUGAGCAGUGAAUAGGAAAACCUAAAUGGUACUAAAGCUUGAGCACGACAGACUUUUAUUCAGUAGCUCAAUUUCUAAUAGAGUGACGGAGUAGUGGAAUAAAUUAACAGAGCAGUCUGACAACAAACGUGUGAAGGGGAUGACCCAGUGAUUUGAAUGCUGAAUAUUCUUCUUACGUGCCUCAUGUAGUCGCAGAAUGUUUAACAAUAAUUGAACAGAGCAAGUCUGUAUGUCAAUUAUGCAGAGACAGAACAAAUGAUGACUCUUGAUUGAAAAUAAUAUGCCACCACAAUAGGUUAGCUCUAACCCAUCUAUUUAUAUUUAUACCACAAUGUUUAUUUCAGUACAUGUGGGUCUUUUCACCCUCGAUAUCAUGUAAAGGUAUGUUGAGAUGUCCGUUAAAUUCACGAGUUUUAACUCGUUACAACCAAGCACCAUGAAAUAUUGUGCUUUAUUUUACAUUAACAAUUGCUCACAAUUGUGAUUUAAGAUAGUUAAUUUGUUUCCAUCUCAUAUAUCUGGCUCUUGCCAGCGUUGCACUCCCAUGAAAAUUAUAUAUAGCCUGUAAAGAAUGUACCAACAAAAACGAGUGAUUUUUACAAUAUAAAUGAUGUUACAUUUAAUUAUUAAACAUGCUUUUAAAGUUAACGAUUUUGUUACAUUUAUUUAGGUUAAAUAUGGGUGACAUAGGGCAUUGUAGAUACGAUAAGGUCUUGUUUUGAUGUUAUUGAUGUUAUAAUUUGUUUGUUGGUGUUUUAGAAUUAGGUUGUUUGAACUGGCCUUGAACAUUGUCUUGUUAGCCUAGUUGUUACUUUAAUCUUAAUGGUAUUAAAAAUAUAUAUUAUUUGCCCUUGUUUUUGGAAUUACUUUUAGACAUUUUGAUAUGAUGAUGUUAAAAAUUACAAUGAUUCAACCAUAGUGUAUGUUGGUACAUUAUUGAGAAUACACCAAUGUUUCUUCAUUGACUUUGCAUAAAAACUACAAGUGUAAAAUUGAUUGUAAAAAAAUGCUAAAAUAUAUACAUAUAAUUUACAAUUUCAAAUAUUUACAUAUGAUAAAAAAAUGGACUAUAGCAUAUUUUAUAGAGAACAAAAACAACAUCAAAUUAAAUUUGCAGAGCUAAUCUAUUGAUUUUCAGUCAUAAUUGUACCUUGUGAUUUGAACAGCAUUUUGUUUUUCCUAAAUAAACUGUCUGCUUUAAGAUUCUG